UUCCUUUGCUUCCUCCAGUCAGCUUUUUGAGUUAGCCUCAUUGCAAGCAAGGCAGCUGCCUGCUACUGCGUUCUCAUGUGUCUGUCUGAUCCUUCAUCAUGAGAACAACCUUCUAGGAAGCCAGAUCACUAAUGUGACGGCCUCCUCAGGCCACAAAUAACAGCACUGUAACAGGACUGUGGUUUCCCUGUUCCCAAUUCCAGAUGACCACUCACAGUCCUUGAAGAAAUCCCUCUUGCAGACAUGCCAGAAGAAAGGAUUUUAGGUGCUGCCAUCUGAACAGAAAAUGCCUUGUUGUGUCCCUGGCAUAUGGGCUGGUUGAUAAAUUUUAGUCUUCCAAAGGCACAUAAUCUCUGCUCUGGAGUUUCCUCACUACCCUCCACCACCCAGGGAAGUAUGAGGCCUACGACCGUUCCAGUUGUGGUAUUGCUUUCCAGCUUCACAGCCUGUGCAAGGAUCAAGGUAAAGCUACGUUCUUGGCAGCAGAGUUGCUGGAUUGUUCCAGUCCCUUGUGGCUGCAGGAUUAGACCCCUCUUGAUUUCUGAAGGAGUGGACACUUACAGUGCUUUCCAGCAAAGGGCUUCCUUUGUCUCCUUGUCUGGUGCUUUUCAAAGGGAUGUGUCUCAGCUUUUCAUUGGAAUCCUGGUCUUUGGGAAGCACUGAAAUUUCAAAGUAGAGGACCAGGAGUUUGGCAAAGUCCCUUCAGGCUUGGUGAUGAAUGGUGUGACUAAACAGGAGCCUUCAGACCAGAAGAAUGCACCCAAUGGAAAUGCAGGAGAAGUGUUCCACAGUGUUCCCAAAGAAACGAGAGACCUAAGCAUCCAGUCAUGUGUCCAGGUCUCUUCAUUUGCUGAGAGGAGGAAUGUUUUACAGUUGCGGCUGCAGCAGCGAAGAAGCCGAGAGCAGCUCGCCAAGCAGGGAAUCAUGCCACCGCUGAAAAGCCCCUCUGCCUUCCAUGAGCAAAAGAAGAGAUUGGAGAGAGCCAAGACUGAAGAUUAUUUAAAGCACAAGAUCCGAAACAGACCUGAGCACUCGGAACUGGUUGAUAUGCACAUUUUGCAGGAUUCAGCUGCAGAGGGGUCUGUUCAAGUUACUCAGAUGAAACUAAAAAGAGCCCGUCUUGCGGACAACCUGAAUGAAAAAAUUGCUCUUAGGCCAGGUCCUCUGGAGCUGGUGGAGAAGAAUAUCAUUCCUGUUGACACAGCUGUGAAAGAGGCUAUCAAAGGUACGCAGGCAAACUUCUCUAAAUCCUCCGAUGCUUUUGCAUUUGAAGAAGACAGCAGCAAUGAUGGGAUGUCUCCAGAGCAGAUCAGAAGUGAGGAUUCCCAGGGAUCCACAGAAUCAGCAGCAGGAACCAAAGUUUCAGAAGCAGCGUUUCCCACAGCUUCAGGGACAACUCAGGAUCAUUCCCAUGCCUCUGAAAAUGAUACAGCUGAUUCGACAUCUCUGCAGAAUAGCCAGCCAGAAAGUCCAAAACAGCUGAAUGGGCAGCAGACACCUCCUGUUCCCAAUACUUCAUCAGCGAAGUCGAAAUCAUCCAGCGACAGCAAAAAUCGCCACAAAAAGCCCAAGGAGACGAAGCCAAAAGUGAAGAAGCUGAAGUAUCACCAGUACAUUCCCCCUGACCAGAAAGCCGAGAAGUCUCCUCCUCCCAUGGACUCUGCCUAUGCCAGGCUCCUGCAGCAGCAACAGCUCUUCCUGCAGCUUCAGAUCUUGAGCCAGCAGCAGCAGCACCAGCACCAGCACCGACAUCAGCAGCAUUUCAGCUACCCUGGGUCCCAUUCCACUCAGCUGAAGCAACCAAAUGAGCAAAUGGCCAAAACCUCAAGUUCUUCCCCAACGACUAUCACCAACAGCCCUCUUUCUCCUGUGAAAGGCACCUUUUCAGGACAAUCCUGCAUUUCUUCUCUCAAACCAGGUCCUCUCCCAUCCAAUCUGGAUGACUUAAAAGUAUCAGAGCUGAGACAGCAGCUCCGAAUAAGGGGCCUUCCCGUAUCGGGUACAAAGACAGCUUUGAUGGAACGUCUGCGGCCUUUCCAAGAGUGCAGUGGGAGUUCAGUGCCUAGCUUCAGUGAAAUCACGACUGUCACCUUCCCAGUGACACCAACAGGCUCUCUCUCCGGCUAUCAGUCACAGUCCUCAAGCAGCCUCUUGUCCAAUGGCUUUUACCACUUUGGCAGCACCAGCUCUACGCCUCCCAUCUCCCCAGCUUCCUCCGAUCUGUCACUGAGUGGCUCCUUGCCAGACACUUUCACUGAAGGACCCAUGUCUUCCCCGCAGUUUGUUUUGCAUCCUUCUCCUGUGCAGGUUGGAUGUGAAGAGAGUCUGAUGGGAAGUGUUAAUGGAGCUGGCAUCCAACAUGACGUGGAAAGGGUUGACACAGAGAAAGACAAGAUGCUGGUGGAAAAGCAGAAGGUCAUCAACGAGCUGACCUGGAAGUUACAGCAGGAGCAGAGGCAAGUGGAAGAGCUGAGGAUGCAGCUCCAGAAGCGCAAAAGGGGCCACGGUUUAGAGGAGAAGCAACCCUCAUCACAACAUUUCUUUGGCUUUCCAAUCAAGCAAGAAAGCACAGUGUCCAGCUGCCCAUUUGCAUCUAAGCAAGCAGCCCUGAAAGGCCAGGCCAGCAGUUCUGACACAUUGAGUAACUGUGGGACAUCUCAGCUGCCCCGCCUGGUAAACAGCCACUGCAUGGAAUCUUCAGGACCAAAUGGCGUACUGUCCUCCACAUUCCUGAGUCCGCAAUGCUCUCCUCAGCAUUCUCCACUGGAGGCCGCAAAGAGCCCACAACACAUCAGCCUUCCACCCUCACCAAACAGCCAUUACCUCCUCGCAGUGUCCCCUAGCACUCAGGGAGAAGGCCGCAGUAGUUCUCCACAGCCCAGCAGCCUUCUGCGCACAGCUCCGGUGUCAACACAGGGAGGCCAGAAGUAUUCCAUUCUGACCCCCAGCUUUUGUAAGUCAAAUGCCGCCCUACCAGAGGGAAAGCAGCCUCCACCCUAUGCUGAUGCUGUGAAGCAGCAGAUGACCCGAAGUCAGCAGAUGGAUGAGCUGUUGGAUGUGCUUAUCGAAACUGGAGAAAUGCCGGCAAAUGCCAAAGAUGACCGCCCUUGUCUUCAGAAGGUGCCUCAGAUAACAGUGUCUUCAGGGAGCUCUGGUACAUCCUCGUUACUCAAGGCAUCCGCUUCAUUUGAGCAAGGCCCCUCAAGUCAGCUGUCUUUUGAACACUGCCCUGGCAGCAAUGACAGUCACUUGGAAAUUUUGUUAAAUUCCCACAGCCCCAUGGGACGGGCAGGUGAAAUCACCCUUCUGAAAGCGGGUGGUGAGGAAUCUCACUUUGAAGGGGUGAUGGAAGGAUUUUCCAACAAAGCCACCGAUGAACUGCUCACACCCCACGAGAUUCUGCCAACUCCCCUCUCACCCAUGGAGACUCAGCUGUCUCCCUCUUCUGGUGAAGGAUCUGGUUUGCACAUGAGUUUCACAGAGUCUCCUUGGGAAACAAUGGAAUGGCUGGAUCUCACUCCACCUAGCUCAGCCAAUGGUUUUGGUUCCCUCACCACCACAGGGCCCAGCAUCUUCAACAUUGAUUUCUUAGAUGUUACUGAUCUCAACUUGAACAGUACCAUGGACCUGCACUUACAACAGUGGUGAACAGAAAAAGCCCCAUGGAGGGGGAUGCAGCCAGCCCCACAAUGAUUUCUAUGAAAAGGAUUGAGAGACGACACCAUCCGGGGAGAAGAAACUGGAGUCAACUUUUCCCAGGACAUAAUUUUAUCUUUUCAUUACAAACAAAAUCCACCCCAAAAUAAAAACCGCACAGAUCUUACACAACCCACGCUUUCCUCCCCAGUAAGCAAAUCUGCCAGAAAGCUUAGCCAUGGUUUCCCAAACCUCUUCUAAGGAAAAUUAUCUUUACAAUGGAACUGUAUUUGACACACACACCUGCCUACAUUACCUGUAGCCCAUGAAUCACCCCUUAUCAAGCUGUAUUAUCCCAUCUAUUUUGGAAAUAAUUACUACCUAUUACAGAUUACUACCUAUUACAGGUAAAGCUCAGAUUCACUUAUGGCUCACAGCAUGUACUGUCCAGGAACCAUUUGUUUUUUAUCCUGCUGCUCCUGCUGGAAGCUUUAUUUUCAAAAGCAGUUAACCUCAGGGCUCAUGCAGGUUCUACAACUAUGGGGUUGUAACCAUGGGGUUAUUGAUCUCACUUACUAUCUUGCCCCUUCUGUUUGAAAGGUUUUCCUGUCCAGCCAAGGAAGUGCCUUUGUGGGAUAGAUAGCUAGGCUGACUCAUGCUUCAUGAUGUGAGGCUAAAGAGAAGUAUUUAAAACAUUGUAAUUAUGCUGUUGAGGGGUCUUCAGUUUACAUUUGCUCAGUCUGCUUGUGUGCUGUAAAUUAAUACAGCUCAGUGAAGCAUAUGCCAAAGCAUGUUAAAUGAAAAGUAAACCUAAUCCUUAUAGGGUCACUAUGGCCAUUUUACUGCAGUACAGAGCCCCAGAGAAUGGCAAGACCACAAUAAACCUGUAUCAUCACACCCACACGCCCACACAGAUUGGAGAAUUUCUUUUGUGAAAUGAACCUGUAGCUUUUUUCUCUUGUUUCAAGUUGGAACACUCCCAAGGACACCCAUCCUAAAGCACACUUAUCUCCAUUACCUGUGCUAUGCAAGGAACAGUUCCAUUGCAAUAACAUUCAAUCUCCUUUUGACUUCCACAGCCUAAUGAAAUAGUUUCCAUUUACACUAUUGUGGACUGGAAGUACGCACAAAGUAUGACAUUUUAGUGCCUUAUUGACCUUUUCUGGGCUUCCUGCUGCAACCUGUCCAUUGUGUAGAGAGCUGGAUGACAAUUUCAUGCAAGGCCUUCUGAAGAACAGCUGUGAAUCCACACACCAGGAAGGAGGAGCAUGUUCUAAGCUAGCUGAAUAUUUUGCAGUAGUAACACAUCCACUGGUAUUUUUAUUUUUUCUGUAAAACACUCUGCUCUGCAAUUCACAAAAAAUCUAUCAACACUGGUUGGGCAGGCAAGAUUCCCUCUUGCUUCUACGAAACAGAGGCAAUUUUUAUGGACCUAGCCACUUCCUGAAACUUUGGGGCGGAGGGGGGGAAAAGUGAAUACUACAAACCAAAGAGAAUUACAAAAAUAUUUACCCAAUGAGUGGAUUUAAGAUUUGUGUUACUGGAAGGAGCAUUUGUUGGAAAUCAAGACAGCACAAAAAGGACUAUAUGUGCCCUUGAGUGAAUUUUUGGCUGAAGGUCAGCCUGAACUGUAGCAGGGGAGCUGUCUCUGCAGACCUCAAUGUGUGUGAAACUUCAGCCUCAUUAAGGUGGCUCCACUUCGAAGGUUUAAGUUGGGGAAGCAUUACAGCAGGCUUUAAUAUUGCUGCAUGUUGUAUAAAAAAUGUUUGUAAGGUCACUAUUUAAAGCAUGAUUUUUCUAUUGUACAAAUGUUCACAGGGCACUGGUAGGAUAGAAUAAUCCUUCACAUGUUUGUUUUCUUCUACUUUUAAAAUCUGAAUAUGCAAGAAGUUAGAAGUCAUUCCAUGGAGACUUUUUUAAUAGCACUUGAAUCCAGAAUAGUUUUAGGUGCUACACUGUCAUGCGGUACAAGGCUUUAAUGAUAGCUUUAUCCUCCUUAUUUAAAAAGGAUGCUGUCAAUUACAAAAAAAACCCACCAAAAAACACCACUGUAAAUAAACACAUUGCCUUACAGCUGUGACCAGCACUGCCAUACUUAUUAAAAAAUCCUCGUGACAUCA